AUGAGUGAAGAAAACAACGGAAGCGAAGUCUUCAGCAAGAUCAAGACACAUUUUCCACCGGCCAAAAUCAAGAAAAUAAUGCAAACAGAUGAAGAUAUCGGUAAAGUGUCGCAGGCCACACCAGUGAUAACAGGCCGGUCGCUGGAAUUUUUCAUCGCGAUGCUGGUGAACCGCAGUGGCCAUGUGGCCAAAGAUAUGGGAUGUCGAAGGAUAAGUGGCGAAGUGAUGAAGAAGACGAUUAUGUCAGACGAAAAGUUUGAUUUUCUGCGAGAGCUGAUAUGUGGGGAAAACGGCAAAGUCGAUGGCGACGACGAUGUUGCUGGUGCUUCUGCGUCUGCUGCUACUGCCACGACCGCAGACGAAGACGAGUGA